AUGGGAUGUUUUGCCAGCAAGAGUGCUGAUUCCAAAUCCAGCCGCCUCUCUAGAUGGCGUGCCACGGGCAUUGUAGCAUUACGCGACGGAAAAUUGAAGUCAUUUCCAGAUGAAGUUCUAGAGCUGGAUAAAUCUGUAAGAACACUUGAUCUAACACACAACAAAUUAGUUGAUGUCCCAGAAGAGAUCAGCAAACUAAUCAAUAUGCAGAGGCUGAUUUUAGCAAAUAAUGUACUUGAGCGUCUUCCAAUGAAUCUUGGGAAACUUAAAUCUUUAAAAUUUAUCAUACUCGAUGGAAAUAAACUUACCACAUUGCCAGAUGAAGUGGGCCAAUUGGUGAAACUUGAGAGGUUGUCUAUCUCUAGUAACCUGUUAGCCAGUCUUCCUGAAACCAUUGGAAGCUUGAGGAAUUUGUUGCUACUAAACGUCUCGAAUAAUAAACUAAAGUCUCUUCCAGAAUCUGUUGGGAGCUGCUUUUCUUUAGAAGAGCUACAAGCAAAUGAAAAUUCGAUUGAAGAACUUCCCACUUCGGUUUGCAGUCUGAUUCAUUUGAAGUCACUUUGCUUAGACCAUAACAAUUUGAAACAGAUUCCUCCAAGUUUAUUGAAAGAGUGUAAGGUUCUGCAGAAUAUUUCAUUGCAUGGUAAUCCCAUAUCUAUGGAUCAGUUCCAGCAGAUGGAAGGAUUUGAAGAGUUUGAAGAAAGAAGGAAAAAGAAAUUCGACAAGCAAAUAGAUUCAAAUGUGAUGAUCAGUUCUAAAGGUCUUGAUGAGGGCGUUGACCUAUGAACCAUGGUCAAAUUGGCUUUGAUUUGUUGUAUUUGUGUUUGCUGUGAGUUAUUAUAAAGAGAAUGCUACCUACUGUUGUCUAUAAACUAAAGUGUGGAGUUUAAUAUGGUCAAUUUCUAGGGCUUUUUUUUAGAUGCUUACCCCCUUGUGAUUAGUAAAUAUGAAUAUAACUUGGAUAAGUUGAUCCAAUUUGUUGUAAAUUACUUACGUGACUGUUAUCACAUAUAUAGUUUUAUGUUCAUGUAGAUUGUAAAAUCAUAUGAAUUUAAUGUUUAAACUUAUAGAUUAGAAAAAAAAUAGUUACC